AUGGACAUUGAUCAAGAAUACCUUACAAUCCCUGAAGCUGAAUAUACUGCCUCAAUUACUAUGCCUUCGGCCGACUUACAACGUAUCUGUCGUGACUUCAAGGCUAUCUCCGAGUCCAUCAAAAUUGUUGCCGACAAGGAGGGUGUUACUUUCAUCGCCGAGGGUGAUCUCGGUGAUGGCAGCAUCCAUCUCAAGCCUUAUACCGAUUUGGAAAACAAGGAUAACUCUGUUAUUAUCAACAUUGGCGAGCCUGCUUCGCUGUCGUUCAAUCUUUCUUACUUUAACAAUAUUUGCAAAGCCAGCUCUCUUUCGUCAACCGUCACAUUGGACUUGUGUGAUGACCUGCCUAGUCAGAUCGAGUUCAAGCUCCCUAAUGGCCACUUGCGUUACUAUUUUGCUCCCAAGAUUGGUGAGGGCGAAGAGUAA